CGGUUCUUUACUUAUCCCAGCAGUAAUUUCUCGUAUAUACUGAUCUUCUCGUUGAAACUAAUGGUUUGUCGCCACUUCCUGCUCACUAUUUUGCUGAGUAUUGUAAAUCCCCGCCGAGCCGGACACUUACCAUCAGAGCUCUCCAGCAUGUGGAAGUACGCAGCAGCAGCUUGUGUCACUGGAGCUGCAGGAUACCUCGCCUCUAACAACGCCCUAUUCUCCGGAGCUGCCGAACAGAAACCGUUCCCAAACAUCCAAUCUAAACACUCCCUGGUUGCUAAGCAUGUAACUGAGGAGAAAUGGAACAGACUCUCCGGCAUAGAAACCAAGACAUCUGGAUUUACCCUGGGACAGGCUAUCUCUUGUGCAGUAGAGUUUGACAACCAGCACUGCGGAAUAUACGCCGGAGACUACGAUUCCUACGUGGACUUUGCUGAUGUGUUCGACCCCAUUAUUCAGGAGUACCACGGCAUCUCAGCAGAUGCUAGACACACCUCUGACAUGGACGCUGGUAAGAUCGUGGGGAAUGUGGACCCUGCUGCUCCUGUUAAAUCAGUAAGGAUCAGAGUAGGACGAUCCUUUAACGGGUUUGGGCUGUCUCCAGGGAUCACUAAGCAACAGAGACUAGAUCUGGAGCAGCUCCUCAUCAUUGCUUUCUCUAACUUUGAGGGUGAUCUCCAGGGUGAGUACUAUCCUCUUCUGGGUAUGGAUGAAGCAGUGAGACAGCAACUUGUGGACGAUCACUUCCUCUUCGUUUCGGGGGAUCCUAAUUUGAUCAGUGCGGGAAUGGAGAGAGACUGGCCAGAGGGACGUGGAAUAUUCCACAACAAAGACAAGACCUUCCUGGUGUGGGCUAACGAGGAGGACCAGACCAGGAUCAUCUCCAUGCAGAUGGGAGGAGAUGUUAAAGCUGUGUUUGAAAGACUGGCUAGAGGUAUCAGUGCUGUUCAGGAAUCAGUGAAGAAGGAAUCUGGUAAGGACUUCUUGUUCGACGAGAAAUACGGCUACAUCCACUCCUGCCCCACAAACCUGGGAACUGGUAUGAGAGCCUCCGUUCACAUCGACCUCCCCGGCUGGACGGCUGAAGGGCUGGACUCACUGAAAGCUCGGUGCGAGGAACUGAAACUGCAGCCUCGUGGAACCAGGGGAGAAUCAGGCGGACAGACCGGCUGUACUUUCGACAUCUCCAACAAGCACAGGCUAGGUUACUCGGAGGUGGAGCUGGUGCAGUGUAUGAUAGACGGGGUUAACAUUCUCUUUAAAGAGGAUCUGGAGCUACAGAGCAAGCACGGCUUAUAAGUCUUGAUUAAUUAAUUAAUUAAUUAGUUAAGGGACUGUAACUGUGAACUAUAUUUAUAACCAUGAAGCGCAUAUCGAUGCCAGAUUUACUAUUUAUAUCGAACUCGGUGCAUGUCAAUUUUCUGACUAUCCGUUAUAACUGUUUACGAUUUUCAUUAUUUUGUGUUUUUGUUAAAUUAAGUCAUAUAUAUCAAUAUCGUUUUCAACUUUUUAGCUUUUGAGACAAGAACAGUCUUCAUUUGUAAAUGAAAAGAGAAAUCUAGCAUUUGUAAUAUUCUUUGUUAUUUAGAAAAGUGUACAGUGAAGAUAUCUUAUAACCUUUAUAAUUAUAUACUCACAUAUAUGCAACAUAACUCACAUAUUUUAAUACAUACCAUGCUGGUUCGAACGAGUA